AUGUUCAAAGGGGCACAACACCCCCCCCCAUCACAACUGCUCAUCAGCGGCCCACCAUCCAUUGAUGCCCUGGCUCUCCUCCGCCCCCUCUGGUCUGACGCGUUUUGCGUGCACCCGCUAUUGCAAAAAGGCACCUUCGCAUUCACCGUAAUCAGCUCGGACUCAACCGCCAAAGCGUUCGUUGCUGCUCACUGCAUUCCCUUUUCUUCGUCAUCAUCCAUCUGCGGCUCAUUCCCAGAAGAGGGAAUGAAAUCUCAUGGCAUGUACGAUUGGGCAUCACGACCACGGCUUGGAGUGGUGCAUCAAUGGCACAUCUGGCCCAUGGCCCAGCAGCCCCACAACACACAUGGCACCAUGUCUGCAUCGCUCAGCUCGAUCCUCAGCGUGGCGACAGGAGGGUUCUGUCCACACACACACACACACAGUUAG